AUGCAAUUCAAGUCAUCCGCAUUGGCAGCUCUCGCCUUCCUUGCACUUUCUGUUGACGCAAGAUGGCAUUACUCCUGUACUUGCCACAAUGGCGGAAGCUACAUCUGGCGAAUUACAACUAAAGCUUGCGAUGCUUACAACCGUCACAUUUUUCAAACGUGGCCUGACAGUCAAAACUCUGUGAGAUACGACACUCCGAGUGGACGGUGUACCUCAGUCGGCCCUGGAGGCAACGUUAUUGACGGCGAUACGAUGCAAGACAUGUGCAAACAAGCUGCCCGCGACGGCUUUCCCUGUGCAAACAACAAUGCUCACACCUGUUUCGCCGACCCUGAUUCGGUGUCGUCGUGGUGCGAUUAA